AUGCUGCCGCAGGGAUCCAUUGAGCCGGACCCCGAGCCCCGUGCGCACAUCCCUAUGAUGCUGGGCGACUGUGAUCUUCAGGCGGGCCUCAAUAGCCAAGACCUGUCCGUCGCAGCUACAACAUCUGUAGGAAUGUCAACAUCCACUUUUGUGACUUCAGAUUCUGCAUCAAAGCCAAGAAUUUCGGCUAGUAUGGAGACUACUGGUAUCAGUUUCCCGGUCUGGCCAGAUUGGCUAGACUGGCAGGAAAUCAAUAGCACCAGCUCGACACCACCAGAGUUGCUGGCCAAUACAUUAGCUAACCCGCCUGAUCUUGAAACUCCGAACAUGAACACGCCAACAGCAGCCGACUCCAGUUCAAAGAUCAAGAUAACAGAUCCCAUUUGGGCCGAACUAGAUCAGCUAUAUUUCGAUAGAGUACACGCGAUAUGUCCCAUCAUACACCGCCGGCGAUACUUUGCGUUAGUAAUACAAAAUAAUCACACGCCUGCCCAAACAUGUCUCCGUUUGGCUAUGCAGACCCUUGCUGCAGCAAUGUCUGCCCAUUGGUGUCAUCUCAGCGAGCAGCUCUAUUCUGAGACACGCAGUCUGCUCGAAAUUCAGAGCCAGAUGCAAGCUAACCCUAGGGACAAGGUUCCUCUUGAGCAAAUCCAAACCUGGUUGCUUCUGAGCCAUUACGAGCUUCUGCGAGUAGGUAUCCACCAGGCCAUGCUUACGGCCGGUCGUGCUUUUCGCCUUGUACAGAUGGCCCAUCUCUCUUACAUUGAUACCCCAGGUGGGGAUGUGCAAGUCUCUAAUCUGGUUUCCUGUUCUUCCUUCUCAUCUUCAGCAUCAUCUUCUUCGCCUUCGUCAUCUUUUUCCUUGCCGCCUGCCUUUUCUGCGUCCCUCGGUAACGAGUCUAGCGAGAAUUUUGUUGACGUCGAAGAGAGGAGGCGAACAUUUUGGCUGGCUUUCAGUUUUGAUCGCUUUCUCUGCUUGCAAAAUGAUUGGCCUCUAACACUUCAAGAAGAAACGGCACGUUGUUUCUCUCAAACCUCUUCGCUACACACCUUAGCAAUGCAAGCCUGGCUAACUAUUCCUUCCAAACAGAUAUCCCCCCGUCUUCCGGCACCAGAGGAGAAUUUUCAAAAUAAUCAGCCGACUCGCACCAGCUUUCUUCAUGAGGCAGUUGCGCAGACAGGACCUAGCACGUUAUCACCCUUCGCAGAAUGCAUCGUCUUGGCAACACUCCACGGCCGCUGCAUGACUUACCGGCGCUCCUAUGCAACCGAAUCCGAGACCGGGACGAGGGAAUUCUGUAUCCACCAGGGAUGGCUGGCCUCAGCCGUGGAAAAGCGAGUGCAGAUGCUUGUACCUUCCUCGGCGAUUGAAAGUGAUCCUAUGCUCCUUUUCACUCACAUGCUAGCAUACCGUGCGGCCGUUGAUCUUAGCAACACGGUACAACGGGCUCCGUGGCGCACUCCCGACCAGCAGGUCCUGGCAGCAACAUACCAGAACCGCGCCGCACAAGCAGCUUCCGAGAUUGUGCGUCUAGCUCAGGCAGUGCCGUAUCUUGGCCCCUUCAAGGCUCACCCUUUCUUGCCUGGCACUCUGGCGUGUGCGGCCACCUUUCUCUCUACACAUGCCGGACGCCAUGGUGGUGACUACUUCUCUUUCGCCCGUCUCAACUUGAUAGGAGAGGUACCCACUGUUCUGCCAAAGCGUGAGGCGACCUCCAACCGUCUCCCUUUCAACUUCCCGACACGCCAUCCCCAUCCCUCAACCACGCAGGAGAUCGCGUCUCGCAUCGCGAUCCUUCUACUGGACUCUCCCAUUACGCUCUUCCACGCCGCGCGCGCCUUUUUUUCCCCUCCUUUUCGACUUCGUGACGUCCGGGACUCCCAGGUCGCCGGCGCCCUCGUGGCAAGGGCUGCCAAAGGCCUCAGCCGGCCAGCUGCUUCCACACGACCUUCGUUUCAUCGUCGCUACGUGUAA